AUGCUUCUAAAUUUAUUAAGACUUAAAAGCUUAAAGCAAGUUUAUAGAAGCGCACUCAAUUUUAAGAGCUUUCACAAAGUAGUUUAUGGCCGAUUUUAUUCUGUUAUAUUAGAAACAGAAAAUCAAGGCGAUUUAUCAAACAAAAAAGAAGCUUUAAAUGAAAACAAAGAAGACCAAAAUGCUGAGCCAUGAAUUGGAGGAAAAACACCUAAAGGCUUAUUAGUUCCUCAAGGAAAUUACAUUAAAGUAAUGCAUGCCGGCAAACUAAUCACAAAAAUCAACACAACCCUUCACGAAUCCAAUAAAAAAGCUACAGAAUACGCUCAAAAAAUGCUAUAUGAUUACCUCACUAUGAAAAACUUAGUCCUAAACCAAUACAGACACAAAUCAGACAGCAGAGGUGACUACUUAGAAGUAAAAGCAGGCGAAAUCAGCUUUAUUUGUGACCCUGAAGACUUAAAAUUAAUCGAAAAUUAUACAUGAAUGCACAGCAUAAAAUCCAAGCUUAUAUUUUCUAACGAAAAAAAGAUCAGCUUUAUUGAGCACAAAAUUGGGCUGGACCCUGAAAGAUUUGAUAUUUCUUUUAAUAACGGGGACCUUUAUGAUUACAGAAAAAGAAAUCUCGCAGUAAAGCUUAAAGAGAAAAUUAAAAAAGUUAAAAGGGUAGGGAAAUUAAGGAUUAUUGACGCAGAUGAAGAGAAAUUUAUGUUUGAGUUCCCAGAAAAUAGAGAGCUUGAAGAGGAGCAGUUAUAA